CAAACAGUCUUCAUACACUGAGGCUAAGAGCUCUGCUGGACCUAGCACAAGCUUCCAAUACAAGAAGGGAUAAACGCACAUCUCAAAGCGGCGGCGCCGUCACACACUCGCACACAGACAUACAAACCCACUGUCUCUCUCUUUUUCUCACACACGCGCACGCAAACACAGAGACAAGCGCACGCACCGAGGAGCAAACAGUCUCUCUCUCUUACUCUCUCUCUCUCUCUCGCUCACCCACUCUCCUCUCCCUCCCAUCCACACACACUCACACACACCACUACAGUAUAUCAGCUAGCGACUCGCAGAGAAAAGGAGGGGAGAGCAGAAAUGAAUGUGAAGAUCUUGACGCUGGUGAUUGUGCUGGUGGUUUCUCUGCUGUGUUCAGCCAGUGCUGGUCCAGUGGCCUCCACCGAGCAUAGCAAAGAGCUAGAAGAGGUGGGCAGCAUGAGGACUCCUUUGCGGCAGAACUCCGCUCGAGCCGGGCGGAACCAAAGACCUUCUGGCUGGAGGAGGAGACGCCCUCGACCCCGCCUCUCCCAUAAGGGGCCUAUGCCAUUUUAGAGCAAGGCACAGCUUAAAGUGCCCUCCCCCUUGGUUCUGAUUUCUAUGCUCUUCCUUUGCCUUGGGGGGCCUUCCAACAAGGGGCCUUUGCUAGCCCAGCCUGAAGAGUGAUGUCCAUAGCACCUGCUGGUUCUUCAAGCAACUCUUCUUCUGUCCACAAAAAACCAGGACAAGCCACUCACCCUCAGCUCAACGAAGAAUUGUGGGCCGGGAAAAGGGGUGGGGGGUAUUGAGCCCGAGCUAUCAGAUUCUGUCUCUCUCUCUUAGUCUGUCUCUCUCCACCUGUGGUUUUCCUCAUUUGCUUUCUAGAGCCCUUUCAUGGCCACACUUUGCAUGAUGUGUGAGCAGUGGGGAGCCUGGUCCAAACAGUUAUAGUCUGAAAGCGUCAGUUUCUUCUCUGAGGUGUGCUCGACCCAUUCCUCCAAACGUCAAGGUGACCACAGCGCUUUGUUUCAUUGCUAUGAAGUGGCUUAUAAAUGAUGUUGAUGAGGGAGAGAAGUGGCAGGGAACCAAAAGUAAAGGCACUGUUUUGAACGACCUCAUCAGGGUCCGAUAUGGCCAGGUCGGCAACUUUCGUUUUUUAUACAUCUCAUCAUCUUGCCUACUACAAAAACCAGACCGUGUUUUUCAAGAGAGUAUCUUAACCUUAUCAAAGCUACAUGAUUUAGUUACGAUGGCUGAUUAUAAUAUUACCUCGGAAAAUUAUUGCUUUGUUGAAAGGAUAUAAUCAGGUUUCCAGUAAACGUUUCGAUUACAUUUCAUCCAUCUUCUUACGCGACUCUCAUUUCAUUGUGCCGUCCGAUGGGCAUUACACAUCACCCUACCAAUAAUCCUAAGAGCCGUCAGCACUCAGAGGCUUAAAGAUAAAGCCACAUUUUCUCAUUAUAAAAUCACACUCCACUUCAAUGAGCGUGAGAUCAUCAGUCCUGAGCCCUCUUCUCCCCCAUGAAACAUGCUGCUUUAUGGCAGAAAUACAUGACUGUUAACUGGCCAGGGUGAUCUGCUUAACACGCGGACCAUCUCUCCUUUUAAUGAAGUGCCAAAUAGCAAAUCUACUCCACAGUGCUGCCAAGAGAAGAAAAGAAGUACCUCUUAUUUUGGGGAAGCAUAACAUCUAACCACAUGUAUGCAUUUUGUCACGUUUGUUUCAACAUCCAAUGUAAAGGCAAUGGUAGCAAAGAUCACAGUUAAAAGACAUAGACCAAAAAACAAUGCUAUUUGUGCUCUCUAUUCUCAUUAUUUGGCUGUAUUGUCACCCUACACUGGCAAAUGUCUUUAUUUUACAUUAUACUGGAAUUAAUUUCUUAUUGGUUUUCAUUCUUUUGUUGUUAAGUUGAUUUUCUCAGGGUGCUGUGACAGAAGCCUGCGUGCUCAAUAUUACAUGCAUUUAUUUAAAAAAUCACAUUAUUUGUAUCUGCACCAUUUAGCUUCAUGUUAUGUAUUCACAGCCGUAGCUACAUAUCCAGACUACGUUUAUACAAACCAUUAUUGUUUUUCUCCCCAUUGGGAGCAGUUGCCUUUUGGGUUUAAGCUUCUUUAGGUGGCUGUGAUGGCCACAUCCUCAUUUUAGGUGGGUAUUGAUAAAACCGUUCUCAACUCUCAAAGAGCUCAAUCGAAUUGGCAUGAAAUGACCCACACCUACCCCAGUUGAUUUACCUUUAUGAUGUAAUAAUCAUAAUCGUAAAACCCCAGUGGCCCCUAGAGGUCUGUUUUGACUUCACUUGUAGCUUUCAGUAAGAUACCAGUAAUGAGGCAGAGAUAAAAGGCUUUUACGAGACUGUUAACCAAACAUAACUCCAAUGCUUAAUUAGACAACGCAGAUAAAAGUUAUUUUAUGCAAAUUAGCAUUUUAGUCCCUCCCCUUGUGUAUCCUCCACAAAAAACUGAAACCACAGCAGUAAAACACCCGGCUCACCUUGAUUAAAAAUGUAUCAAAUCUUAGGGCACUGUGAAUACAAAUAAUUCCAGUCAUGCCGUUUUUAUCUUACGCUCUCUCAGAUGUGGAUUUCUUUAGUGCUUUCUCAGAAGGACAGCACUCGGAAAAGCUCUGCAUCAUGAGGUCAGACGCAGACAAGAUCAAGAUGAGUUUCUAUUUGUAAGACUGGGGCAGUUACAGUACACUCCAAAAGUACUUUGCAAAGUAAUGCACACUAUUGUUCAUGAAUGUAUCUCUACCAUCUUCACCUGAGCUCAGCUGUAGGUUAGCCUUGAAUCUAGAAUAACUACCCUGUUACUGCAACACAUGACAACCAACCCCAAACCCUCUACCCACUGAUGGUGAUGGUUAUCUGUUUCAUUGAACAUCCAAAGACAAAUAUGACAAAAUCCAAAGCUGGCUAUAGCACAGACCCCUAUCAAUCAUUUGGCAUUCCUCCAACACCUCUGUGCGGAUAUGCAAGGCUGCACUUUUGCAAUUCCAUUAUGCUGCUGGAAAAAUAAAUCCUGAAAACGUCUUUUGGCAUGUAAUGGUUUUCCAGUGUCUUGUGACAAUUAAAUUGACUGAUUCUUGUCUAGCUGGUUGUCCAAAGCUUACGUUUCUCGAUACAGCGAAGAAAGCUGUAUUUUAUUUUUGUGUGUAUGGUCGUAUAAAAGUGUAGAAAUAUUAGUCUGCCGCACAAUAUGUCGUGGACACACCAUCUUCUGCUGUCCCUCAGCACAUCGGGUUAACGGAGCUUGUGGGGUAAAGAGUACAAGCAUGUCCAGAGGCAAACCAAUAAAUUAUACUUACAGAGCACAAAUCAUUUUCUAUAUAUAUUUUUUUUAUGAUAAAGAACUCAUUCCUAUUCUCUUAUGUGUUUCAGUCCAAUUUGGCACCAUUGUUAUGUCCUAUGCACUUGUAUACAUGUUCAACUGAAUUAUUCCAAGUUCUUUUGGUCGAGUCCAAACAAAAUGUAAGGGAAAGGAAUCCAGUAGGUGUUUGUGUGUUAAGAAAAGAGAUGUGGGAGGUCUUAAGAGUUUCAAGAAAGUAGAAAACAGAUAUACAAUCAGUUUGACCCUUGUGAUCCACUGCACUGGUUUUACCAAGACGUUUAUUAGGGCACACUGCUCUGCUUUUCAUCGCACAUUCGGUCGCUUGUUUUUGAUUAGCUGGUCACAGCACAUGUAAGAUAUGGCAACAAGAUCAAGUAACAGAAAUCCAAUCCCAACAAUUCGCAAAUGAAACAGCGAGCGAGACGUUGAGAAUAAUCCGAUUAUUCUGUUGCUUUGAGUUCGACUUCACACCUACAGUAUACAAAAGAGCUCUGUGAUUUUAACCUCUAUCUGCAACAUGCAUCCAUUCACAUGGCCAGUUUGGUCAGCACACCCAUCCAUUUUGAAUGGAGAACUCUACUCAAAUCUUUUAUCAGGCCAGGCAAUUCAUCAGUAUUAGUGGGCCACAUUAAAAGCAGCAUAAUGACAAGGCAUUAAUCCUCCUCUUUAUUUCUGUCGGAGGUGUGUGCUCAUCAAACUCACCUGGCCAAAUGUACAGUCCCUGUCUCUGUUUUGAUGUUGAACUGGGCUAAAACAAAUGAAUAAAUAAAUGAAUUAAACAAGUGUAUCGAAAAUUGUUGAAAUACUGUGUACAUAUUUGAACUUUUUGUUUCUAAUUUAUAAAAGAUAAGCUUUAGCUCUUGGAGUACUUAUUUUAUUUUUUUCCUUUCAUGCGUAGCUUUGUGUUUUUAUUUUCUAUUUCUGUAAAGUGUGUAAAUAUAUCUUUAUGAUAAUAAGUAAUAUUAAAAAAUCUUAU